CCACAGGUUGCGCAGAUAUCCUUGCCGCUAAGAACGAUGGUUGUAACCUCCGCAGGCGCCCACUAUUUGCAUCGAUACGUCUGGAGAAGCGACCUCUAUGACUGGCACCACCUGUGGUCAAUGGGUCGAACAACCACAGCUUUGCGAUUAUUAUCCUGCCUAUUAUGACGACGUCGACUUCACAGCCACUGACAUGUGCUGCGCAUGCGGCGGUGGUUCGACGGCGACGGUUCCCGAGAACGUCACCACGACCACGCCGACGACCUCUACAACCUCUACGACGUCUGCGACGUCUUCGACGUCCACGAACACUACCUCGACGACGUCUGCGACGUCUUCGACGUCUUCUACGACGUCUGCGACGACGACUACGACGACUACGACGCAGACGUCCGCGACGGCGCAGGCGACCACGAGCACGGCCACGGCCACAGCGACGGAGGCGGCCACGAGCACGGCUACGUCCACGGGCAACUCCCUGGACCAGGUGGCGUACACGCCAGAGGACGUCGCGAAGGCGGAGGACACGGCCGUCCUCCAGGCCAUCGCGUCGAACCAGUCGAGCAUCACCGUCGUGGUCGGCGGCCUGGAGGUCACCGUCACCAAGGCGAGCGUGAGUGACGCCGUCGACGGCUUCCUCUCCCUGCCAGGCGUGAGCGCCGCGACGGGCGUGGACGUCAGCCUGCCCACCUCGCUGUUCGCCGCCCUCGGGGUGGAGAGCGCGCUGGUCGUGGCCGCCGGCAUACCCGCCUCGGCCGUGCCCGCGGGCUCCGCUGGCACCGCGGUGGAGGGCGCGAUCAGCAUCUCUCUGAAGUCGGACACCGACGGCUCGACGCUCUCGGUGGCGGGCCUCGCCGACCCAGUUCUCAUCGACCUGCCAAACAUCAGCGACGGCCUCGCGUGCGGCUAUUUCGACGAGGACGCCAUGGAGUGGACAUCCGAGGGGAUCACCACGGUGGUCGGUGCGGGCGGCACGCUUCGGUGCGCAACCACGCACCUCACCAUCUUCGGGGCCAUACUGAAGGGCUUCCUCACCUCGCUCGAGUGCAGCCAGGCCAGUCUGCUGUCGGCGGAGGCCUACGAGGAGCUGUGGGCAGGGGACUGGUCGGAGUCCCUGGGUUCGGCGCUGUUGUACACGGGGGUAUUCCUGUACGUGGCCAUGCUGCUGACGGCGCACGCGUUCGACGUCAGGGACGAAAGAGCGGGCCACUGGGGAACGAAGGAGUUCCUUAUUCCCGAGUUCGUGGAAGAUGAGCUCCUCGAUUGCGAACCCAUGACCCCCGUCGUCAGUGACAACAACAUGGUGCCGGCAUCGCCGCCCGAGGCCUCGCCCAGUGCCGAGCAGGAGCAGAAGAGAUCGGGAGUAUCGCGCAAGCUGACGAACGGCAGUGCCCGCGCCGUGGUGGUCGCCAAGGGUGGCGCGCGCAAGGUUACCAAGGGUGCGCGCAAAGUCAGGGAGGGCGGGCGCGAAGCGUCCGCCGAGGGCGCGAAGGAGUCCUGCGAGGGGAUGCUGCAGGGUGCGAUCGUGGAGAUCUUCAGCGCCGUCACCAACUGCGCCGGGGGCGUCACGUCGGCGGUGGAGGCGCUCGUGGCCUUUGCGUGGGAGUUCCUUCGGGGGAACGUCACCUUGGCCGACGUCCGCAAGAUGCUAGCCGCCAGGAACGCGAGGCACCAGGUGUGCGCGUCCCUGCUCAUGCACAGCGACGACCUGGACUUCCUGCUGAGCCCAGAGGUCGAGCGGGAGCUGGAGGUGCCCGCGCCGGGCGCGCUGGACGACGACGGGGCCCCGCUGCGCACCCUCGCCGGCACGGCCGCGGAGGCUGGCGACGGGCCAGCCAAGCGGCGUCACGACUUGCUGCUGGGGAUGGUCACCAGGGUGCGGGCGCACAUGGAGGUCGCGCUGCAGCGGCGCCGCUCGUCGUGCCACACGGCCCGCAUGGCGGCGCUGUCCUUCUGCAUUCACUGCCCCGUCGGGGCGGUGUUCGUGCCGAGCAUGGUCAUGAGGAGGUCCAUGAGGGCGCUGCUGCUCGGCUGCGAGUUGCUGGGGGCCGUGAUGAUCGCCACGCUCUUCUUCACGACCACUGGUGGGGCCCUGGCGAAGAGCUCCCCGCCGGAGUGCAGCUCGGAGUGCGAGGAUGACAACUGCACGUGGCAGGCCUUGGGGCAGCUGAUCGCCAUCGGAGUGGUAUCCAUGUUUCUGGCGAGCAUCCCGCUGGCUAUCAUACAGCUGCCCCACCAGCGCCGCUUCGUGCAGGUGCCCACGGAGGGAGGCCAGGCUUGGAAACGGCAGCUGAAGCGCUGGAGAAGGCGGGACGCUUUCGUCUACGUGGUGGGCGCGCUGUACAGCUUGUUCGCCUUAAAUUACAUAACCCUCUUCUUCGCGAAUGUCACCGCGGAGGACCAGAUAGACCUGAUAAGCUCCUCCGGCGUGUCCUUCAUGCAGGACCUCGUCCUCGGCCCGGUAGCGUGGUCCCUCGUGGUCCCUGGCCUGGCGCUGUGCUUGUGAGGCAGGCGAGCGGCGCGGUGCAGAGCCGUCGCGCGGGCAGCCCGCGUGCUUUUCUGAUGCGCGGCGCCCUCAGACCAUCUGCCCGCCGAAGGGCUCCGGGCUUCCCCGCGGACCUCGCUGCGGGCACACCCCCGCCCUGCCACACGUGCGGGCGGGUUUCAUAGUCCCUCUUCUCUGUUUCUCUCCUGGGUGGCGGCCCUGCAGCCGGGGGAGGAAGAGAAGUCCCCGUGCCCGCCGAAGGGUUCAGGGCUUCCCCACGGACCUCGCGGCGUGCACACCCUGCCCUGCCACACGUGCGGGCAGGAGUGCUGGCCCUGCUCCUCUGUUUUUCUCCUCGGGGGUCGCCCUGCACCCUGGGUCCCCCGCCCUCUGCCCCUGCCUGGCCCUUGGGGAGAGGAGGAGGCCGUGGCCGAAAGGGGGGCCGUCGUGGCUGGGCGCAGGGGGGUUGGCGUCAAGGCCGCACCCGGCCUCCCGCUCUAUUGCUAGCCGUGCGCUGCAUGGCUCUUCGGGCGGCGCGCCCUAGGGGGAGCCGCCCCUUCUCACUUCCCCGCGGGCUCGCCGCCGACUCUUUAUCCUAGGCGUUUCGCGGUCACUGGUGCCCGACAAUAUCUGCGUCGUCGCACGGUAUGUCGGAGGUCUGGGAUGAUGAUUUUGUGAGGAGCCGCCCGUUCUGAUUCGCAGGAGCGGGAAAUUGAUUGCUCGAGGCACGCGUGCCGCUGCGAGUGCGGUGGCGGAUAGUUUGCCCUCUCGGGUUCGCACGGACACGAAGCUCCUUGCGGUUUGGCUUGAAGUUCCCAUCCAUCAGCAACAAUUUGUUUCGGUGGCUUGACGCCAGAUCCCCGUGUGCGGUCAGGCAUGUCUUGCACCUGUGAAUUUGCGUGGCGUGGGCGCGCGCUGCACGCUUUU